GUCGUUGGUUAAUUGAGCCACCUGUUACUAAUGGAAAUCUACAUGAACUAGUUAAGGCUGUGAGCUACCUUUCUCUUAAUGAAUAUUGGGAAGUUCCUGAGAAAAUUGGACUUGUGGCAUCAUUUUUGGACCUACAAAUUAAAAAUAUGAAAUUUCUUGGAAAUUAA